AUGUUAAAUCAAAUUACAUUGAAUAAUAAUCAUGAUCAUCAUCAUUAUCAAAAUAUCGUCAUAGGUGACAUAGUACUUCAUUCUGAAUUAAAACCAACAAUUAUUCCAGUAGUUAUUCAUUCAAUUCUAUCAACAACAUCUUCUGUAACUAUUGAUAAAUCCAUUAUUCGUCGAUUAUCACCAAAUUCUUCUGGAACAUCUGCUUCACAAACAAUUGUUUCGUGUGAUUUAAAAAAUAGUCUACCUGUUAAAGAUACCCAUGAACGAAUAAAACUAUCAUCAUCAAAAAAAAAAUUAAUGAAUAUGCAUAAAGUUAGUAUGGCAUUUGUUAAAGAAUUCAAAUCAAAAGUUAAAAGUCCAACUCAUCCUGAAUUAAAAUCAUUCACUACUAAUACAAAUAUCGAUAAUGAACAAACUUAUUUUUAA